UUGAUAUUUACUACCACCACCACCAAAUAUUGAGAUUAGAGCCAGAGGCCCUUCAGGAAACAAUACGCUGAGCGUUUUAGGCGCUGUAGGCACCGACGCGGGCAGCUCGUCCCGCGGGGUGGGGAUGGGGUUGUUCCUUCGCUCUUCGUUUUCAGACAACGUACAGCAGUGGCAGCCAAUGAGCUUCGGCGAGUAGCUGAGGGGGCAGGGCUAGUCCUUAAAGGAGCCGCAACUUGUUAGCAGACCAGAGAGUGACCCAGACUAUGGCGGCCGGCGUGGCCCUCGCCCUGGCCCUGUGGCUACUAUUGCCGCCAGUAGGGGUGGGAGUGGGAGGACCCCCUCCGAUCCAGGACGGCGAGUUUACGUUUCUGUUGCCCGCGGGGAGGAAGCAAUGUUUCUACCAGUCUGCGCCAGCCAACGCAAGCCUCGAGGCCGAGUACCAGGUAGAGGGGUCCCGAGCCGCUGAGUUAGCGAGGGCCAAGGGGAGGGAGCGAGCGUGCAGCACAGCGGGAGGUGGGCGGAGCCAUUGCGUGACGCGGGGGCGGAGCUCGGGGAGAGCUGGGAGUGACAGGGCGGGACUAGUGGGCCAGGAGGGGCUGGCAGUGGUGAAAGCGGGGCCGGAGGGGCGCAGCCUGGGGGCGGGGCCACCGGAAGUAAAGGAGCCACUCAGAGAGCAGGACUCGCAGGUCGGGUGUGGCCAGAACUGUAGGUUAAAAGAAGGGCGUAGCCCGCAGGAGAUCGCAGAGGUGGGAUUAAAGGAAAAGCGCCGCCUUGGAGUCCCUUUUGGGGCGGUGUCAAGUAAAGGUGACCAGGUGAUAGGAGGUGCUGGGCUGGACGUGGAUUUCACGCUGGAGAGCCCUCAGGGUGUACUGUUGGUCAGUGAGGCCCGCAAGGCGGAUGGGGUGCACACAGUGGAGCCCACAGAGGCCGGCGACUACAGGCUGUGCUUUGACAACUCCUUCAGCACCAUCUCGGAGAAGCUGGUGUUCUUCGAACUCAUCUUUGACAGCCUGCAAGAUGAUGAGGAGGUAGAGGGCUGGGCGGAGGCUGUGGAACCCGAGGAGAUGCUGGACGUCAAAAUGGAGGACAUCAAGGAAUCCAUGGAGACCAUGAGGACCCGGCUGGAGCGCAGCAUCCAGGUGCUCACGCUGCUGCGGGCCCUAGAGGCUCGAGACCGCAACCUGCAGGAGGGCAACUUGGAGCGGGUCAACUUCUGGUCUGCUGUCAACGUGGCCGCGCUGCUGCUGGUGGCCGUGCUGCAGGUCUGCACACUCAAGCGCUUCUUCCAAGACAAGCACCCCGUGCCCACGUAGCCCUGCCUCGGAGGACGAACUGAACACGGAGGGCGGCAGGCCUGGGGGCCUGGGGGUGCGCCCCCUCCCCAACUUCCUUUCCCUCCCGGGCCGAGCUGGCUUGCAGGCCUGGGCCCCCCGAGGGGUGGAAAUCGCGCACAGCGCUGCUGCAGCACGGCCCUCGUGUUUCCUGGCACCCCCUGAACACGUGCCUUAACUGUUCUUUUUGCAGCUGUGGGGACUGAAACCAGGGCCUUCGCACUGAAGCUACACCCUUAGCCAUUUUCUGUUUCUUGAGACAGGGUCUUGCAAA